UACGGCAAAGAAGUCGCGCUUUGAUUGGGCCGCUGUCAGGUGUCGCUGCCGGCAGGUUCGGCUGCGCGAGCGGAGGGAGGCGGGACUCAACAGUAGCCUUCCUUGAGGACCUGCCUUUCCCAUUUGCUGCCUGAAGUUAAUGUUUCUUGCUGGCCAAAUCAGGGACAUGCAGGCAUUAGCGGGAUGAGUGGGUGUUCCGGCAGGGAUGUGGUCAUUGACGGCCAGUGAGGGCGAGAGUACCACUGCCCACUUCUUCCUUGGAGCUGGAGAUGAGGGGCUGGGCACCCGUGGAAUAGGCAUGAGGCCAGAAGAGAGUGACAGCGAGCUCCUUGAGGACGAGGAGGAUGAAGUGCCUCCUGAACCUCAGAUCAUUGUUGGCAUCUGUGCCAUGACCAAGAAAUCCAAGUCCAAGCCAAUGACUCAAAUCCUAGAGCGACUCUGCAGAUUUGACUACCUGACUGUUAUCAUUCUGGGAGAAGAUGUAAUCCUUAAUGAACCUGUGGAAAACUGGCCAUCCUGCCACUGUCUCAUCUCUUUCCACUCCAAAGGCUUCCCUCUGGACAAAGCUGUUGCUUACUCCAAGCUUCGAAACCCCUUUCUUAUCAAUGAUCUGGCCAUGCAGUAUUACAUCCAAGAUAGGAGGGAGGUGUACCGGAUCCUGCAGGAAGAGGGUAUUGAUCUGCCUCGAUAUGCUGUGCUCAACCGUGAUCCUGCCCGGCCUGAUGAAUGCAACCUGAUAGAAGGUGAAGACCAAGUAGAGGUCAAUGGAGCUGUCUUUCCCAAGCCCUUUGUGGAGAAACCAGUGAGUGCAGAAGACCACAAUGUUUACAUCUACUACCCCAGCUCAGCUGGAGGAGGAAGCCAGCGUCUCUUUCGUAAGAUUGGCAGCCGAAGCAGUGUUUACUCUCCUGAGAGCAGCGUCCGAAAGACGGGGUCGUACAUCUAUGAGGAAUUUAUGCCAACAGAUGGCACAGAUGUCAAGGUGUAUACAGUGGGGCCAGAUUAUGCCCAUGCUGAAGCUAGAAAGUCUCCAGCUUUGGAUGGGAAGGUUGAACGAGACAGUGAGGGGAAAGAGAUUCGAUAUCCAGUCAUGCUGACUGCCAUGGAAAAGCUGGUGGCCAGGAAAGUCUGCGUAGCUUUCAAGCAAACAGUUUGUGGGUUUGACCUUCUUCGUGCCAAUGGUCAUUCCUUUGUGUGUGAUGUCAAUGGUUUUAGUUUUGUCAAGAACUCGAUGAAAUACUAUGAUGACUGUGCCAAGAUUCUGGGGAAUACCAUAAUGCGGGAGCUUGCCCCACAGUUCCAGAUUCCAUGGUCCAUCCCCACAGAGGCUGAGGACAUUCCCAUUGUUCCUACUACAUCUGGCACUAUGAUGGAACUUCGUUGUGUCAUUGCAAUUAUUCGUCAUGGGGAUCGUACUCCCAAGCAGAAGAUGAAGAUGGAAGUGAAACACCCAAGGUUUUUUGCUCUGUUUGAAAAACAUGGUGGCUACAAGACAGGGAAAUUAAAACUCAAGCGACCUGAGCAGCUCCAGGAGGUGCUGGAUAUCACAAGGCUGUUGUUGGCUGAACUGGAGAAAGAACCAGGUGGUGAGAUCGAGGAGAAGACCGGAAAACUAGAGCAGCUGAAGUCCGUAUUGGAGAUGUAUGGUCACUUCUCAGGUAUAAACCGGAAGGUACAAUUGACUUACUACCCUCAUGGAGUAAAAGCGUCUAAUGAGGGGCAAGAUCUGCAGAGGGAGGCUCUGGCCCCAUCUCUGUUGCUGGUACUGAAGUGGGGUGGAGAACUCACUCCUGCUGGCCGUGUUCAGGCUGAGGAGCUGGGGCGAGCUUUUCGCUGCAUGUACCCUGGAGGACAGGGUGACUAUGCUGGCUUCCCUGGUUGUAGGCUGCUUCGUCUCCAUAGCACUUUCCGCCACGACCUCAAGAUCUAUGCCUCUGAUGAGGGUCGUGUUCAGAUGACUGCUGCUGCCUUCGCCAAGGGCCUUCUGGCUCUAGAAGGGGAGCUGACACCUAUUUUGGUGCAAAUGGUGAAGAGUGCCAACAUGAAUGGGCUACUGGACAGCGAUGGGGAUUCUUUGAGCAGCUGCCAGCACCGGGUGAAGGCUCGGCUGCACCAUAUUUUACAGCAGGAUGCGCCCUUUGGCCCUGAGGACUACGACCAGCUGGCUCCCACCAGAAGUAUUUCCCUGCUCAACUCCAUGACUAUCAUCCAGAAUCCUGUGAAGGUCUGUGAUCAGGUAUUUGCCCUGAUCGAAAACCUCACCCACCAGAUCCGGGAACGAAUGCAGGACCCCAGGUCUGUAGACCUGCAGCUCUACCACAGUGAGACACUAGAGCUAAUGCUACAGCGUUGGAGCAAGCUGGAGCGUGACUUUCGACAGAAGAGUGGGCGCUAUGAUAUCAGUAAGAUCCCUGACAUCUAUGACUGUGUCAAGUAUGAUGUGCAGCACAAUGGGAGUCUGGGACUUCAAGGCACAGCCGAGUUGCUCCGUCUCUCUAAGGCAAUGGCUGAUGUGGUCAUUCCCCAGGAGUACGGGAUCAGCCGGGAGGAGAAACUGGAAAUUGCUGUGGGCUUCUGUCUUCCACUGUUGCGGAAGAUACUGCUUGACCUGCAGAGAACCCACGAGGAUGAGUCUGUCAACAAGCUGCAUCCCCUCUGUUAUCUCAGGUACUCCCGAGGCGUGCUCUCCCCAGGUCGCCACGUUCGAACGCGUCUCUAUUUCACCAGUGAGAGCCACGUCCACUCCCUACUCAGUGUCUUCCGUUAUGGAGGACUUCUUGAUGAGACCCAGGAUGCACAAUGGCAGCGAGCUUUGGAUUAUCUUAGUGCCAUCUCAGAGCUUAACUACAUGACCCAGAUUGUCAUCAUGCUUUAUGAGGACAACACACAGGAUCCCUUAUCAGAGGAACGGUUCCAUGUGGAGCUACACUUCAGCCCUGGAGUGAAAGGUGGUGAGGAAGAAGGCAGUGCCCCAACUGGCUGUGGAUUCCGUCCAGCCUCUUCUGAGAAUGAGGAAAUGAAAACCAACCAAGGCAGUAUGGAGAACCUGUGUCCACGAAAGGCAUCAGAUGAGCCAGACCGGGCAUUGCAGACUUCACCCCAGCCUCCUGAGGGCCCUGGCCUCCCAAGGAGAUCACCCCUCAUUCGUAACCGAAAAGCUGGUUCCAUGGAGGUACUUUCUGAGACUUCAUCCUCAAGGCCUGGUGGCUACCGGCUCUUUUCAUCUUCACGGCCACCCACAGAAAUGAAGCAGAGUGGCUUAGGCUCACAGUGCACAGGGCUGUUCAGCACCACAGUGCUGGGUGGCUCCUCCAGCGCCCCGAAUCUUCAGGACUACGCCCGCAGCCAUGGCAAAAAGCUACCACCUGCCAGUCUGAAGCACCGAGAUGAGCUCUUGUUUGUCCCGGCCGUAAAACGAUUUUCUGUGUCGUUUGCAAAGCAUCCGACUAACGGAUUUGAAGGGUGUUCCAUGGUGCCUACCAUCUACCCUCUGGAAACACUGCAUAAUGCCCUUUCCCUACGUCAAGUGAGUGAAUUCUUGAGUAGAGUCUGCCAGCGCCACACUGAUGCCCAGGCACAGGCAUCUGCAGCCCUCUUUGAUUCCAUGCACAGCAGCCAGGCCUCAGAUAACCCAUUUUCUCCACCACGUACUCUUCAUUCACCUCCCCUGCAACUCCAGCAGCGCUCUGAGAAGCCCCCUUGGUACAGCAGUGGCCCUUCUAGCACUGUGUCCAGUGCUGGUCCUUCUUCCCCUACUACAGUAGAUGGUAACUCCCAAUUUGGCUUCAGUGAUCAACCCUCCCUAAAUUCACACGUGACUGAAGAACAUCAAUGCCUUGGGCUGCUCCGGGAGACCCCUGGGAAUGGAGCACAAGAGCUCUCCAUAGAAGGGAAACAAGAGAUUUUUGAACCAAAUCAGUCCCCACAGGUGCCACCUGUGGAAACCAGCCAGCCAUACGAGGAGGUGGCUGAGGAGGUCAGCCAGCCAUGUCAGGAGGUCCCUGACAUCAGCCAGUCAUGCCAGGACAUUUCUGAGGCGCUCAGCCAGCCAUGUCAGGAGGUCCCUGACAUCAGCCAGCAAUGCCAGGAGAACCAUGACAAUGGUAACCACAUACGCCAGGAGGUCCCUCAGAUCAGCCAGCCAUGCCAGAAGGCCAGCCAACUGUGCCAGAAAGUCUCUGAGGAAGUUUGCCAGCUAUGUCUGGAGAACCCCGAGGAGGUCAGCCAGCCAUGCCAGGGGGUCUCUGUGGAGGCUGGCAAGCUGGUCCAUAGGUCCCACGUAGGGGUUGGUGGCUUGGUCCAGGAAACCCCUGUAGAAGUUGGCAGCCCAGCUGAAGAGAUCCCUGAGGAGGUCAGCCAGCCAUACCAGGAGUUCUCUGUGGAGGUUGGCAGGCUGGCCCAGGAGCCUUCUGCGAUCAGUCUGUUAUCUCAGGGCAUCCCUGAGAUUGAUAAACCAUCCCAAGAGUUCCCUGAGGAGAUUGAUCUGCAGGCCCAGGAGGUCCCUGAGGAGAUAAAUUAGAAGUCCUGGGUGGUCCCUGAGGUGAUCCAUCAGCUGCCUGGAGAGGGUAUUCCUCAAGCCCAGCAUCUAUCUAGUGAUCCAAACCCUCAGAGCCAGUCUCUAGCCCAUGACCAGCACUCACCCCUUCCACCAGCAACAUGUGAUUAAUUUUCUCAUUAGUGGUGUCACACUAUACCAGCCAUUUGAGCCAGCAACCUUUUCUGUUGGCUAACUCACUGGCCAGCUCUCACCAGCAGUGUCUGGGGAAGUAGUUCUCUUGGUAUGAAGCAUACCUGUGCCAGAGCUGUGCUUAAGGAGGAGCCAGUUUUAGGUUCAAAGAAGCCAUUGGCUCUUCACCUAACCAUUAGACUUGAAUAGGAUUUCCUUGGGGUAGGUUGGUCUCUCAUUACCCAGCCUUCUCUGAGCAUCCUAGGAAAUCAUAGACUGUUAAAGGAAAUGCUGCUUCACUGCUGAAGACACCAUCUGG